CAAAUUAUUUAUAUUGGACUUGGAAACCUGCCUGAUUUCAGAUUUAUUUUUAUCAUAUGUGUUUGUACAGGUCCCUGUCAGGAAGACUGGGUGUUUUAUGAAGACUCAUGCUACUUUCAGUCUUCAUCAAAGAAGAGCUGGCAAAUUGCUGAGAAAAACUGUGUGGAGAAAGGAUCACACUUAGUGGUUGUCAAUGACCUGGCUGAGCUUGACUUCCUGUCUUCAAUCGUGAAGUUGUCUGAGAGCUACUGGAUCGGGCUUGUUGAGAAAGAAGAGGGACAAUGGAGCUGGGUAGAUGGAACAGACUAUAGUACUACUGAACACCACUGGGAUGUAGGUCAACCAGAUGACUGGGAUGUCCGUGUGAAUGGUGAGGAUUGUGGGCAGCUUCACGCUCGGAUAACUGUGGACAGACGGAGGCUGUGGAAUGAUGCGGACUGUACGAUUUCUUUCCCUUACAUCUGUGAGGGCAAACCCAAGAGCCACUGACAAACAUCAACUAACCUCCUAAA